AUGGGGGGACAAGAGUAUGAAAACCCAUGGACUAUCCCAAAUCUACUGUCCCUGGUGAGAAUUGGUUUGGCACCAGUUCUGGGAUACUUGAUUGUUGAAGAAGAUUUCAGUGUUGCGCUCGGUGUCUUUACUUUGGCUGGAAUAACAGACCUGCUGGAUGGAUUUAUUGCACGAAACUGGGCUAAUCAGAAAUCGGCUUUGGGAAGUGCCCUUGACCCUCUGGCUGAUAAAAUUCUUAUCAGUGUCCUGUAUGUCAGCUUGACUUAUGCAAAUCUUAUUCCAGUUCCACUUACUUCUCUCAUCAUCUUGAGGGAUAUAGUGCUCGUUGCUGCUGUUUUUUAUGUACGAUACAAAACUCUUUCUCCACCAAGAACACUUGGUAGGUAUUUCAACCCUUGCUAUGCCACUGCUCAGUUAAAACCAACAUUCAUCAGCAAGAUGAACACAGCAGUUCAGCUGAUCUUGGUGGCAGCUUCUUUAGCAGCUCCUGUAUUCAAUUAUGUGGACAGCGUAUAUCUGCACAUACUAUGGUGUUUGACAGCUUUAACAACAACAGUAUCUGGAUAUAGUUAUUGUCAUUAUGGCAGAAAAACUUUUAAGGUGAUAAACAACAAAUGAAGUACCACAGAAAGGACCAUCUCUUCACAACACGGUUUGCUAUACUGCUGAAGGAUGUUGACUGCAAUAUAACUGGUCUGUGGAUAAAGGAUUUGUUUUUCAUUCUUAAUGAGCAGCUGUCUAAAUCAAAACCAUGUCAUCAGAAUCUGAAGUUAAAAUGAA